CUGGGAGCGAAGACGGAGGAGGAGGAGGGAGAGGCUGAAUGUUGGCUCCGUAAUUAAAGGGGAGCGGCCGCUCCGGAGCCUCCUCCCGGGGCGCCCCCUCAUCCCGCCCGAUCUCUGCACCCCCACUGGCUCCUGGGCGCCUGGCCCCCGCGGACGGCCCGGCAGCGCAGACCUUCUCUGAAGAGACGCGGCCAGUGGCGGGGACUGGCCGGCGGCGUCCGAGGCCCGCGCCCCGCCGCCACCCCCACCCGCUUGCCCGCCGGUCCCUCCGGCCGCCGCCAUGUCCUCCUCCUCAUCCUCUCCCAGGGAGGCGUACGAGGAGGACCGCGAGUACGAGAGCCAGGCCAAGCGCCUUAAGACCGAGGAGGGGGAGAUCGACUACUCGGCUGAGGAAGGCGAGAACCGCCGGGAAGCGACGCCCCGGGGCGGGGGCGAUGGCGGCGGCGGCGGCCGGAGCUUCUCACAGCCGCUUGUAGUUUCAGCCACAGCAACAAUUCAGGAGGCAGGUGGAAGUCAUCAUAAAGUUUCUGUUUCACCUGUUGUCCAUGUUCGAGGACUCUGUGAAUCUGUGGUGGAAGCAGACCUUGUGGAGGCCCUGGAGAAAUUUGGGACAAUAUGCUAUGUUAUGAUGAUGCCAUUUAAACGGCAGGCUCUAGUGGAAUUUGAAAACAUAGAUAGUGCCAAAGAAUGUGUGACCUUUGCUGCGGAUGAACCUGUGUACAUUGCUGGUCAACAGGCUUUUUUCAACUAUUCUACGAGCAAAAGGAUCACUCGGCCAGGAAAUACCGAUGAUCCAUCAGGAGGCAACAAAGUUCUUCUGCUAUCAAUUCAGAAUCCUCUUUAUCCAAUUACAGUGGAUGUUUUAUAUACAGUAUGCAACCCUGUUGGAAAAGUACAACGUAUUGUUAUAUUCAAGAGAAAUGGGAUACAAGCAAUGGUUGAGUUUGAAUCAGUCCUUUGUGCCCAGAAAGCUAAAGCAGCACUCAAUGGAGCAGACAUAUAUGCUGGAUGUUGCACACUAAAAAUCGAAUAUGCAAGGCCAACUCGUCUAAAUGUUAUUAGGAAUGACAAUGACAGUUGGGACUACACUAAACCAUAUUUGGGAAGGCGAGAUAGAGGAAAGGGUCGCCAGAGACAAGCCAUUUUGGGAGAACACCCUUCUUCGUUUAGACAUGAUGGCUAUGGCUCCCAUGGUCCAUUAUUGCCUUUACCAAGUCGUUACAGAAUGGGCUCUCGAGAUACACCUGAGCUUGUGGCGUAUCCGUUACCACAGGCUUCUUCCUCUUACAUGCAUGGAGGAAAUCCGUCUGGUUCAGUUGUAAUGGUUAGUGGAUUACAUCAGCUAAAAAUGAAUUGUUCAAGAGUGUUCAACCUAUUCUGCUUAUAUGGAAAUAUUGAAAAGGUAAAGUUUAUGAAGACCAUUCCUGGUACAGCACUGGUAGAAAUGGGUGAUGAGUAUGCUGUAGAAAGAGCUGUCACACACCUUAACAAUGUCAAAUUAUUUGGGAAAAGACUUAAUGUUUGUGUGUCUAAACAACAUUCAGUUGUUCCAAGUCAAAUAUUUGAGCUGGAGGAUGGUACAAGUAGCUACAAAGAUUUUGCAAUGAGCAAAAAUAAUCGCUUUACAAGUGCUGGUCAAGCAUCUAAGAAUAUAAUUCAGCCGCCCUCGUGCGUGCUGCAUUAUUAUAAUGUUCCAUUGUGUGUCACAGAGGAGACCUUCACCAAGUUAUGUAAUGACCAUGAAGUUCUUACAUUCAUCAAAUAUAAAGUGUUUGAUGCAAAACCUUCUGCCAAAACACUUUCUGGGCUGUUAGAAUGGGAAUGCAAAACUGAUGCAGUGGAAGCCCUUACCGCACUUAAUCACUACCAGAUAAGAGUUCCAAAUGGUUCCAAUCCCUACACAUUGAAGCUUUGCUUUUCUACAUCAUCCCAUUUAUAAGAAGAGAAGAGCAUGUUAGAAUUUAUGUUCACCUUUAUUACAGUUUUAAAGCUACACUUCAUUAAAAAAAAUCUAAGAUUGUUGAUCUAAUGUUGCCUUGCUUCCUUUGAUUUAAGAUCCUGUUCUGUAAUAAACAAAUAUUUUGCCUUGAGUAAAUUUGUUGUAAAGUUAAAUAUUGAAUUGUUUUCAUUUUAAAAUAGAAUAUCAUAAUGUAGACUAUCUACAGCUUCCUUGUAGAUUACUCAAAUAUAUGAUUUCUAAUCUUAUUAUUUUUCUUCCACAGUGAAAAUAUAUUUGCAUUCUUAAUGCUAACUAUCUGCAAGUAUUUUUCCAUUGUGUAUGAGAUUAAUGCAGGUGAAAGUAUUGCAUUUUAAUAUUAUAGAAUUCCUAUUAUAUGUUUAGAUGUUUACGUAUGUUGCAGUUAUUCAUAUUAAACAUAACUUGUAUUUAUUAAGUAUUUUAAUCAAGUUUGAGAAUAACAUUGCACAUAAUGAAUUUUAAGUACUAAAGAUUUAGCUGAUUUUAUAUUUCUGAAAGGCUAACAGACAUGGGUACACUUGUACAGUAUGCACUCAAACUUAUUUAAAUUGGUGUAAUUUUUUUUUUUUAAGUCAUUGUCCAUUUGUAUUGACAUGCCUCUGUUUCUAGUUCCAGUUUGGAGAUUUUAUAAAGUUACAACAAUGA